AUGCCUUGCGCGUGCAACCGGAACAACUGGAGAAAAUGGAUCCGACCCCUGUUAGUACUUAUUUACGCAGUUUCCAUCCUGAUCACGAUUCCUGUAUGUGUUUGGGAACUUCAGAAAUUGAAGGUUGGAAUCCACACCAAAGCUUGGUUUAUUGCUGGAAUAUUCCUGCUGAUGACCAUACCAGUGUCCAUGUGGGGGAUUCUCCAACAUCUAGUGCAUUAUACACAGCCUGAACUUCAGAAACCCAUCAUAAGGAUCCUUUGGAUGGUUCCAAUAUACAGUUUGGAUAGUUGGAUAGCUUUGAAAUAUCCCAAAAUUGCCAUCUACGUGGACACCUGGAGGGAGUGUUACGAAGCGUAUGUCAUCUAUAACUUUAUGAUCUUCCUUACCAACUAUCUCACCAUCCGAUUCCCAAACCUGAUGCUGCACCUAGAAGCGAAAGACCAGCAGAACCACCUCCCUCCAUUCUGCUGCUGCCCGCCGUGGGCAAUGGGGGAAAUGCUGCUCUUUAGAUGCAAACUAGGAGUGUUACAGUAUACAGUGGUCAGACCAAUUACCACUGUUACUGCUUUGGUAUGUGAGCUCGUUGGAGUAUAUGAUGAGGGAAACUUUAGCUUCUCCAAUGCUUGGACCUACCUGGUUAUAAUAAACAAUUUGUCACAACUGUUUGCCAUGUACUGCCUUCUGCUGUUUUAUCAAGUGCUAAAAGAAGAGCUCAGCCCUAUAGAACCUGUGGGCAAAUUUCUCUGUGUGAAACUUGUUGUUUUCGUUUCCUUUUGGCAAGCAGUACUUAUUGCUCUGUUGGUUAAAGUUGGUGUUAUUUCAGAAAAGCGUACCUGGGAAUGGCAAAGCCCAGAAGCUGUGGCCACAGGCCUGCAGGACUUCAUAAUCUGCGUUGAGAUGUUCUUAGCAGCAAUCGCCCAUCACUACUCGUUCUCUUAUAAACCGUACGUGCACGAAGCAGAGGAGGGCUCCUGCUUCGACUCGUUCCUCGCUAUGUGGGAUGUGUCAGAUAUCAGAGAUGACAUCUCUGAACAAGUGAGACGUGUGGGGAGGACAAUGCGAGGUUAUCCAAAAAAAAAGCUUUUUCCCGGCGACCCAGAUCACACAGAGCAUUCAAGUCUCCUUUCCUCCUCUCCACAAGAUAGAGCUUCUAGUAGUUCAAAAGCAUCCUCGCCAGUGGGCCAGUACCAAGGCUUCGGACAUACAAUUACAUCACCACGUCCACUUUCUAUAGACCGCCUGUAUGAAGAUUUCAUGAGCGACAUCCAAGAAAAGAACAGAAAGGCUCUUGCAGCAGGCAUCAGGGUUAACAUCCCCGAAGAUGACCAGUUGACUUCCGACUCAGAGUCUGACACAGACACUUCACAGACUAUACUUGUUUCAGCCAAGCCAAGUCACCACAUUAUCAUAGACAUGUCAGAAGAGCUGUCGGCACCUUCUGAAUCAUCCACGGACCCUUAA